AUGGCCCAGGCCGGCGUUGACAAUACCUUCUAUAGAGUGAAGCCCCCAGAUAAGAUGGACGAGCACUUCUCGUUGCCGAGCGCGCAUCUGGACGCGCUCCGCCAGCUGGCCGAGGCGGCAGGGAUCAGCAUCGACCUCCCCGAAGCUCGCUUCGGCUCGCCCCUCCUGCAGGUGCUGCCGAUGGGGCGGUCAUGGAGCCUCUGCUUCUGCCAGAGGCUACUGGAGGCCACCGUGCUGCGGGCGGGGAUCGACGCGGGGCCGCUGAUCAAGGACCUGCACGCUCCGCCCCAGGUGCGCGCCAGCUCGACCCGGCCGGGCGCGUGCGUCGACAACGUCUGCGUCGCCGGCGGGGGCGGCGACCGCUGCGUGGCCAACUGCAGCGCAGUCGAUGACAGGCCGGAGAAGGUCGGCCUGAAGUGCAGGGGCGUCAUGGAGCCCGAGGACCUGCAGACCUUCACCGGCAUCAUAUUCGAGAGGCGCAGCGGCCGCGUCGGGGUCAGCCCGGCUCGGAUGUGGAAGGCGCGCCUCGCGCUCUUGUCUGUGGCGGACCGGCGGCCGCUUCUCAGCAUCUUUCAACAGACUUACGUUUUCGCCCGGGUCGCCGGGCGCCGCUGCCCGCGGCCGUGGGGCCGCGUGGAGCUCGAGCUGCGGCAGGCGGCCGCGCUGGUGGUCUUCGCCUUCUCCGACUCGAAGAAGCCCACCAGCGCCUUCGUCUACGCUUCGGGCGCCUCCUGGGGGCAAUCCGGCUCCGCAGGGGGCUGCGGCGUGGUGGGCCAGGCAUGGGCCAACGAGCUUGUGGAGCGCACCGCGGCGUCGGCCGAGGCGCGCCGGUGCUCGGUGCUGGGCGCCAUCGGGGCCAAGGAGUGCGCGCUUGGCUUCGGCCCGGUCGAGGGGGCCAAGGUCGGCCGGCACCGUGCGCGCGCUGGCUCCACCGGCUUCGAGGGCGUCGGGGGGGCCGCGAUCGGAGAGCUCAACGACUGGGGGGUCCUCUUUCACGGUGCGCGUGUUCAGCGCGACGAGGACAUCGCAGUUCCCGAGGGCCGGGCAGCGUUGAUGGCCGCGCGCCACGCGGUGCGAGGGCGCAGCGGACACGGCCAUCGGCAUUUCAUAUUGGUCGACAUCUUCGGGCUCGCCCUCGCGGUUGGAGAACAGCGCCAGACCCUGCAGCGGGGCGUCGACGCGCUCGUUCGGAGGCGCCGCUGCCGCGGCGAUUCGAUCUCGGAGCCAGAGCCCGCCAGCCAUGGCCAUCCUGGCGCGGCUGGCCUCGGGGACUCGCUCCUUGAUGAUCCCUGCCCGCUCGGCGGCCUCGCGGGCCUCCUCUGCGGGCCGGGCGCCAGCGGGGUGGACUCCGACAGCUCCUCGACUUCGAGUUCCGAGGCCUUCGACAGUGACCGGGGCGAGGGCGCCGCCGCCGAGGGCAGAGGGCUCACGGUGUUGCAGAGCCUGAAGGUCGGCAGCGCGUCCCGGGCCUACUUCGAGAAGGGGUGCCUGGAUUUUGCGACGCGGGCCCGGGCCCGGGGCCGCUCGACGCCCGGGGCGUCGGCGAUCGACUCCAGCUUCGCCCAGGGCUCGUCGCGGGCAACCGUGGCGAGGGAGCUGCUGUUCGCGGCCGUGGACGUCGCCCUGCACCGGGGCUGGCGGAGCUUCGCCAUCGUCCUGGCCCUGAGCUGGGACACGAUGGUCCGCUUGCCGAGCGAGCUCGUGCAGAUCACGCGCGAGACACCCGUGGCGCCCGCGCCGUGCUCGGGCCGAGCCGCGCGGAGCCUCCUGCUCUUCCCGCAGGAGUCCGACCAGGUGAGCAAGACUCUGGGGUGCGACGAGGGCGUCGUCUUGUCGGACGCAAUGCCCCAUGCCCUCGGGCCCGACCUGGCGAAGCUGCGGCGUGCGCGACAGGGCCGCCAGUCGCUCUGGGACUUCAACGCGACGGCCUCCGACGCCAAGGUCAGGACCGUGUUCGAACAGCUGGGCCACUUGGGCUGCCACCCGCACCCCAGAGGUCGGAAACGCUUGUUUUCCAAGCGUAAGGUUUAA